AUGUCUAACACCCCCAUCAACCCCGUCAUUCUGUCUCAGAGGACCAUGAACCACAUCAACGACAGGUGGGAAACUAUCGCUGUCAUGGCCUACAGGCCUGGAAAGAUCGUUGUUGAGGUCAACCCGUUCAGCCUGAAUGUCAACAUUGACGUCUUGAAGACCAAUGCCUCGGAGGACCCUUGUGCUGGCAAGCCUCCAAUGUGCAUUGACCCAUUUGCACUACUUGGCGAGACUAUUGCACAGUUCACCAUCAACAGUCAAGCUCUUUUCCAAGGUGUUUGCACCUUUCAAGCGCACCAGGCUGGACUUUAUGUCGUCGAAUUCGACCUCGACUUGGACAAGCCAAUCUUGUCUGUGAACGAAACCAAGGACGGUCUCCAGUACCUUCCCUGUGGGACUGGGUGGACCGACUCUGAGAGUGAGCAGGAAACCAAGAACCAGAAGCGUGCCAAGGCGCCGUCGAAAAAGGUGCCCUUGAAAAAGCCACACAAGGCUAAAUUUGCUACUAGCCAUGCGUCUUCCUCAGGCGGUUCCUCGUCCUCGGCUUCGACUUCUACCGGAACCAGAACAUCUGCUAGACUCUCAGGCAAAGCAAAGGCAUCCGCGUGUUGGCAUGCACGGCGGCAGCUCAUUGCUCGGCCAAGCAUUCUCAAGCAUCUUCCAUGUGUCACCAUCAAUGGUCAUCAAGAUCGCUCAACUGUCUUCAAAGAUAUCACCAAUCGAGCAGGUCUUGUUCUAAUCGACGUGAUUCAGAGUAGCAACGAGAUCACCAUGAUGCUCCGGGCCUCCGAGGUCAUGGAGCCCCUCCGCUGUGGAGAGGAUCCAUUCAUUGCCAACUGGUCCCUCGAAGGCAGCGAGACCAUUAGCAAGUACACGUUUGAUCGCUGCAUCGACCGCCGGUGUGUCCUGGGGUUUGAGGCUUUCAGGGCUGGGGUCAUCGUCCUCGAGAUCAACGUACUCAGCUGCCUGGUCGACCUUAUCAUCAGCCAGCUCGGUGUCAUCAUCAGUCAGUUCAUCAAAGCCUUUAACGAGGAGCGCGUCCAGGCUAUCUUCAGCUAUCGAAGCAGCAGCCAAAUGCUUCAAGUCCGCACCGCUUUGGAUGUUCACAUCGCUAUGCCCACCUGCAACUGCGAGACCAAUCGCUGCAGUGGGAAGCUCAUCUCUGCUGCAGAGGUGUCGGCACACGAGAAGGCGGACCUCCAGAGGUCCACCGCCAAAGCACAAGCCCUGCACCAAGCCCGGGAUAGACUGCUGCCGCCUCAACCACCUCUGCAUGCUCAUCCAGAACAGGUCCACCCCACCUACUACCCCAUCAACUACUCGCAGGACAAGCUCUACACACCUAUCGUAUCCCACCAUCCUUUCUCUACAUCUGACGACCACCAGUUGUACGAAGACCCAACUCUAUACGAAGCUUACACAGAUUACUACUACGAGCAGGGGGCUGCCAUUCCUUAUCACCUCGAGGGUGAUGAAGACAAGGAUGAGGGCAAGGAUGAGGGCGAGGGCGCUGAAGAGGAACAAGAACAGGGUCAGUGGGUAAGUCUACAUGCUGAAGACUUAGGCCCGGAUCCCUUCAAGGUCGAAGACUCAUUUUGCCUGGAAGAUAACCAUCACUCCCUCUACUCCAUCAGUCCGCUCAACCUUGCCUUCUCAAUGCUAGUCGCCUGGCUUCACCUAAGCUAUCACCUCCCUGUCAGUGCAUGCAACAUCAUUUUAUCUGUCACAAUUCUUGUUCUCGUUCGACUUGGUGUCAGCCAUACAGAUCUCCCGUUCAAGACACUCCAGUCAACAAACAUCCUCCUUGGCAUUGACAGACCCAUCUGUCUCCUUGCAGUUUGCCCUUGUUGUCAGGACGUGUACCCUUCGGCGUCAUCGGAACACGUGCAGGAGAUCUGUGUCGAGUGCAAUACCCCCUUAUUUCUCUCCUCUCAUAUGGCGCGAGGCAACAAGCGCCUUAGGGUUCCAGUCUUCAAGUAUCCAUCCCUUCCUCUGUCAACACAGAUUCGCACGCUGCUCAAGCUGCCUGGUAUCGAGGGACUUCUAGAUGCAUGGAGGGUCAAGGAGCAAGCUCAAGGCACAUACAUGGACACUUGUGAUGGUGAGGUCACCAAAUGCUUGAAGGAUCCCGCUGGCAAACCCUUCUUCUUGAACGCGUUCAACAAGAGGAAUGGUUCUCAUGGUGAGCUACGAAUUGGUGUGAACCUGUCAUUGGAUUGGCUUUCAUACAUCCGAAGCAACACCGCACCUUCACACACGUCCGGUCCUGUAUCCUUCUCGGUUUGCAACUUACCACCGGAGUAUCGGUACUGCACCGCCAAUGUCAUACCUGCUUCGGCUAUGGAGAUAUGGCCUUGUGGUGCCAACGGAAUCAUGCCCCAAAGCUUCUUCAUGUUUGUGAUGUACCGGCCACUAGGGCGCCAUGUACAUGUCAUACUUGUUGCAGUUGUUGGCAACAAAGCAGCCGCUCACAAGGUGGGUGGCUAUGGCUCACACUCACACACAAACUUUGACACCCUCUGCUGGAUAUCUAUAUCGAACAAGGCAAUGCCAGACGCCUUCCGCGAAGGAGUGUUUCCCACAAGGACAGACCAGGAGCAGCAAGAACUUGGCGAACUCUACAGGAACCUCCCCAAUCAGGCAAAGCGCGCUAAGUUUGCUCACAAUCACGCAACACGUUUCUCUCAGCUUUCACGCCUGCCUUACUUCGAUCUUGUCAAGCAGAUCGUCAUUGACCCGAUGCAUAACUUAUUCUUAGGUGUUGUCAAGACUCAUUUCUACAACAUCUGGGUUCAACACAAGAUCCUUUGUAAACAACAUGAGCUGGCUGACAUGCAUCACAUGAUAGCGGAUUUUAUUGUUCCAACCUCCUGCGGAAAACUCCCUGUUGAGUUUGGAGAACCAGCUGGUGGCUCACUUACUGCUGACCAGUGGAUGCUGCUUUGCACCAUUUACAGACCAGUUUUGAUCCCCCAAGUGUGGGACCUGAACAUACCUCAAGGUGACGCUGACAAAGCUCUUGUCACCCGUUGCGUCACCAUGAUUGCCUGUCAAGAAGCUGACAAACAGGCCAUCACGGCAAGGAAAGCCUCGCAGAAGGCAGCAAUGAAACAGGCCAAGGAACUCGGCCCUGAAGCACAUGAAGCUGAAAAGCUUCGUCAAGAGGAGGAGAACCUCACGGAGAGCCAACGCAAGGAGACUGAGAAGUUGGAAAAGAAGGCCAAGAAAGCUAAGGAGAAAGCCGAGGUGCGAGCUCGAAAGAAACAGCAAAAUCGCAAGCGCAAGGCGCCUGGCGGAGAUCCUGAGCCCGAGCCCUCAGUGUCCGUGGGCAUAGAUGAAGGUGAUGAUGAAAAUGACAAGGACAAGGACAACAGUGUUUUCUCCCUUCACCCGCAGGAUCCCAUCCACUUUCUGCAGCUAUCGCAGGCAUUGCAGAUCCUGCUGAGGCGUCAACUGACUGACCUGGACAUCACUUGGGCCACCAAUCUCAUCUGUCUAUACACAUCUGAGCUUCUUACCCUCUACGGCACAGCCACCAUCAAGCCAAAUCACCACUACGCAACGCAUAUCGGGGAGUGUGUUCAGAACUUUGGGCCCCUUCACAAUUUCUGGACGUUUCUCUUUGAGCGGCUGAACUGGGUGCUCAAGUCUUAUAAUGUCAACAACUGCAACAAGGGCAAGUUAGAGAUGACGUUUUUCAGGGAAUUUCACAGAACAUGUGAAGUUAGCCAGGUGGUAUGUGCAGCUGCAACGAUGCCUCCCAAUUCAGUUCCUGCACAGGCAGCAAGAAUGAUGCUCAAGGUAACGCAGGAGGAGCGAGGCACUGUCGCUUCGCUCGGUGCCCUAUCAAAGGACCUUGAUGAGGCCCAUGAAGACGCUGGUGUUAACUACCAGCUCAGCGCUCAGUGCGAACAGCAUCUCAUGUCAUCAGAUACUUAUCGUCUUAUUGCUGCUUACGUUAACUCUCAUCAUCCAGAGCUGCCCGUCCACUGCCACGGAUCCAUCACUUCCUCUCCUAACAGCCUUCCUUUGACUGAUGUAGCAGUUUUCCACCAGUAUGCCAUACUUCGGAGCAAAUGA